ACUUAAUUUUUAAAAUUUCAUCACAGACUUCAGGGCAGUGCGAUGUGCACAGUAAUUUGUCUCUCAUGUUUUAAAAACAACAUUCUGAAUGCUUCAUAAGACUGCGAUGUAAUCUUUAAGUAAUAAAUUUCUGUGUACAUUAGUUUCAAGAAGCAUGUAAGAAAUAAAAACAAUGAAUUUCACAGGCAGACGGAAUGAUAUCGGCCAUGGUUUUUAUGUAUUGAGCGUAACUAGAUGAAAUAAGCAGUAGACAUGAGAAUGUUUCUGUACAGAAAUGUCAGAUUCAAAUCUAAACAAAGAACACUGUGUACUCUACGCAUAAGCAAAGAACAAUUCACCAAGGAGGCACUUAAGAAAAUCAAAAGGAUGGAGGUACAUGGUCUUCCAAUAGUUCAUCAUGAUGGAUAUGUAUGUGAAUUCCCCAUUAAGCACAGAUUUGCUAUGAGAAAAUUCCAUGGGGUUUUGCGACAUCUUAGGACUGAUAAUGUCAUUUCGAUGAAACAGAUAAUUCAACCAACUGCUAUACACCCAGAUUUGCUAAAAUGUGUGCAUACUCCUGACUACAUUGACAGAUUUAUUGGAGGGAAAAUAACUGUCAAAGAGCAGAGACUCACAGGCUUUGAAUGGAGUCCAGGAAUUGUAUCAAGAUGUAGACUUGAAACAGGAGGAACACUUCUGGCUGGCCGAAUUGCAAUAGAGCAUGGGAUAGCCUGCAGCACAGGUGGCGGUACCCAUCACGCCUUCCCCAGCCACGGGGCGGGUUAUUGCCUUCUGAAUGAUAUGGCAGUAACUGCUGCAGUGUUGUUUAAAGAGUGCCUAGUCCAAAAGGUUCUGAUUGUGGAUCUAGAUGUCCACCAGGGCGAUGGUACAGCUUUCAUCUUUAGUGACAGUUGUGCAGUUUUUACAUUUUCCAUGCAUUGUGAGAAAAAUUACCCCCAUCAAAAACAAACCAGUGACAUGGAUAUUGGGCUUGUAACAGGAAUAUCUGACAAAGAUUACUUGGAGCACUUGCAGUCCUACCUCCCUUGGCUGUUAGACAGUUUUAAGCCAGACCUUGUUCUGUAUGAUGCUGGUGUUGAUCCACAUGAAAAAGACGAACUAGGAAAGCUUAAUCUUACAGAUAAAGGGUUAUUCCAGAGAGAUUGGUUUGUAAUUGACUCCUGUGUAUCACGUGGUAUCCCAGUGGCUACAGUCAUUGGAGGAGGUUACGAUAGAGAUGUCAAUAGAUUGGCAUUGCGUCAUACCAUAGUUCACAGGGCAGCCACUCAAGUAUGGCAUAGUCGGAUAUCAAGCAGGUGAUGCUCAUUCAGUCAUCUUUGAAUUUACUAGGAAAGUGUGAUUGAAAAUUCUUUAUCUGAAUGAACAUUCAUGUGGAAAUUAAACUGCAGCCCAUAUGUGUGGAUUCUGUGUAACCUACAUAUGUACUCCCAAGUGGGACAGCCAUAUGGAGAACUUUUCAUGUACUAAGUGUGGGCCUGAGACAUUUACUGAACACAGCUACCAAAAUUACAAAUUAUCAUGUGCUGAUUUUUCAGAUGUUAUAUUAACGGUACAAAUUUCAAUACAAUGGGCAUGCAUAUUCAAUAGAUGUUCGUGUUUUAGAUCCAUCAAAACUCAAUUUCAUUAAAAGGUACAUAUGCUC